AACUAGCAUUUCUCGAAAAAAAAACACUGCAAACAUGGUUGAGAAAUUUGUCGGGACGUGGAGGAUGGUCUCCAGCGAGAGCUUUGACGACUACAUGAAAGCAAUCGGUGUUGGUUUCGCCAUCCGGCAGGUGGGGAAUCAAACCAAGCCCAAUUUGAGCGUGACUGUGGACGACAAGGGCAACGACAGCCUGAAGACGCAGAGCGCCUUCAAGACGUCCGAGAUCAAGUUCAAGCUGAACGAACCUUUUGACGAGACCACCGCGGAUGACAGGAAGACCAAGACCGUGUUCAGCUUGGAAAAUGGCAAACUUGUGCAGAAACAAAGCUGGGAUGGAAAGGAGACGCGUAUCGAGAGGGAAAUAACGGAUGACAAAUUAAUAGCCAAGUGCAUCAUGGGAGAUGUGGUGGCGGUGCGGACGUACGUAAAAGAGGCGUAACUCCUCCAGGUGCUGCCGCCAGUGGACGACAGGCUCAGUUUAAUGAGAUCAAUAAAAGUGUUUUUUUUUUUUUUUUGCCCCUAAAUCCAAAUUGUUUGCAUUGGGAAUCCUUGAA